AUGGGUCGUAAACACUCAGCAAUCUCGGGACUGUCUCGCUUUGUCUCUGAGGUAUUCGAAACGUCUGAGUCACAGAAACCAGGACAAUCAGCAGCUCUAGCCACAUCCGACAGUGGUGUCAGCUCGGCCACUACUUCAAACCUUGAACGCCGAGCUUCAGAGUGGGAGGAAGGUGAACCGCAGGGUCUCGAAGCUCGCCCCACCAAGAAGCGCAAGACAGGCUUACUAGGCUCGGGGCUAGAAAAAUACGACGCAACGGGGCUCGUUCCGUUUUAUACACACCCUUCGCAGAUUCCCUCUCACUUGCAGAAAUAUUAUUCUCAGCGAGAGAGAUAUUUCUCCCGGUAUUCAUCUGGUUGUUUGCUCGAUGAGGAGGGUUGGUACAGCGUCACGCCCGAGCGCGUCGCAAAUCAGAUUGCCGAGCGAUGUCGCUGCGAUGUCGUCCUUGAUGCAUUUUGUGGGGUUGGCGGCAAUGCCAUCGCAUUCGCUAAGACAUGCGAACGAGUUAUUGCGCUCGAUACUUCACCCGUCCGUCUAGCGCUUGCGCGACACAACGCAGCUCUAUACGGCGUUGCAGAUCGCAUUGAGUUUAUCCUUGCAGACUUCAUCUCUUUUGCUCAGAACCUGGCGGAAUCGCCAGCCUUUCAGGAUCCCCUUCGGUCGCGCAAAGUUGAUGUAAUAUUCUUGAGUCCACCAUGGGGUGGACCUUCAUACCUAACGGACAGACAAAACCAGGAAGUGGGCGCAACGCAGCAUGCUGAUGAUUCAGCACAAUCGGCGUCUGAAUACAGUCUCGCCUCUAUAAGACCUAUCCAUGGCAAAAUGCUCUUUAAACUGGCGCGUCGCCUGACAAGAAAUGUAGCCUACUACUUACCGCGCAAUGUCAGCUUAGAAGAAGUUGCAGCCUUGCUAGAGCAAAAUAAUGAGAGCGGCGGAGAAGAAAUGGAAACUGAAGCGGAACGGUGUCGGAGCGAGCCCACUUCUCGGAAGGCGAGAAAGCAGAGGGGAAAGGAGAAGGCCGACAGAGAGGUAGAAAUGGUGGAGGUAGAGGAAGAAUGGAUGGGUCAAAAGCUCAAGGCGCUGACCUGUUACUUCGGCGGGCUCGUUGCGGACCAACAACAUCUCUUCUAA